AGUCUGGUCCCGAAGAGGCGGCGGCGGCGCUGGUGGUGGUGGCGGCGGUAGCUGCGCGGACUGAGGCGUUGGCAGGCCCACCUUUGGCGAUCCUGGCCCAGGCUUCGGCUCAUGGCACCGAGCAGCAUCCAUCGUGAGAUCAUUAACUGAAGACCAAAUAAAUAGCUAUGCAAAAUUCCCACAUGGAUGAGUACAGGAACUCUGAUAAUGGCAGCACAGGCAACAGUUCAGAGGUAGUAGUAGUAGAGCAUCCAGAUUUUAGUACAGAGAUUAUGAACGUUACGGAGAUGGAGCAGUCCCCUGAUGCCUCUCCCAGCGCACAUGCAUCUACAGAGGAAAAUGAAAUGGCAAAUGCUGUGGACCUUCCAGUGACAGAAACAGAAGGAAACUUCCCUCCGGAGUUUGAAAAAUUUUGGAAAACUGUAGAAACGAAUCCUCAGGAUUUUACAGGCUGGGUAUAUCUGCUUCAGUACGUAGAACAGGAGAAUCACUUGAUGGCUGCCAGGAAAGCAUUUGACAAAUUUUUUAUACACUACCCGUAUUGCUAUGGUUACUGGAAAAAGUAUGCAGACCUUGAAAAGCGACAUGACAACAUUAAACAAUCAGAUGAGGUGCGUUAAACCUCUACAGUUUGUCAAGCUUUGCAGUGCAAGCCUCUGUAUUACACUGCAGCUUAACAAGUAGGGCAGGGCUUUUCUCUCACUUACAUUUAUUUCUCAUUUUCCAAACAAUAUAGUUGGUUUGCUAGUCACAUUUGCUACGUCUUAUUGCAUUUUUGGUCAGACGCUGUCAUUGAUGCUCUAAUGGGUCUGUGCCCUAUGGUCUGUAACCCAAAGCCUGCCCACACAACCCGGUCAGAAUGCAGGGACUGCUGCGCUUUGAAGAUCAAGACUCUGCACGUGGGGAUCAGAACAUUGCCAUGUUCUAUCCAACCUCCACCCAAAUGGUUUAUCGACGAGGUCUUCAGGCAAUACCUCUUAGUGUUGAUCUUUGGAUACAUUAUAUAAACUUCUUAAAAGAAACAUUGGACCCUGGUGAUCCUGAGACAAACAGUACAAUAAGAGGAACUUUUGAGCAUGCUGUUCUAGCUGCAGGAACGGAUUUUCGAUCUGACAAAUUAUGGGAAAUGUAUAUAAACUGGGAGAAUGAGCAGGGAAAUCUGAGAGAAGUCACAGCUGUGUAUGACCGUAUUCUUGGUAUUCCAACACAGCUGUACAGCCAUCAUUUCCAAAGAUUUAAAGAACAUGUACAAAAUAACUUGCCUAGAGAUCUUUUAACUGGUGAACAGUUUAUUCAGCUGAGAAGGGAAUUAGCUUCUGUAAAUGGACACAGUGGUGAUGACGGACCUCCUGGUGAUGACCUUCCAUCAGGAAUUGAAGACAUAACGGAUCCAGCAAAGCUGAUUACUGAAAUAGAAAACAUGAGACAUAGAAUCAUUGAAAUUCAUCAAGAAAUGUUUAAUUAUAAUGAGCAUGAAGUUAGUAAGAGGUGGACAUUUGAAGAAGGUAUUAAAAGACCUUAUUUUCAUGUGAAACCAUUGGAAAAGGCUCAGCUAAAAAACUGGAAAGAAUACUUAGAAUUCGAAAUUGAAAAUGGGACUCAUGAAAGAGUUGUGGUUCUCUUUGAAAGAUGUGUCAUAUCUUGUGCUCUCUAUGAGGAGUUUUGGAUUAAGUAUGCCAAGUACAUGGAAAACCAUAGCAUUGAAGGAGUGAGGCAUGUCUUCAGCAGAGCUUGUACUGUUCAUCUCCCGAAGAAACCCAUGGCACAUAUGCUUUGGGCAGCUUUUGAAGAACAACAAGGGAAUAUUAAUGAAGCCAGGAUUAUCUUGAGAACGUUUGAAGAAUGUGUUCUAGGACUGGCAAUGGUUCGAUUGCGAAGAGUAAGUCUAGAGCGACGGCACGGAAAUAUGGAAGAAGCUGAACAUUUGCUUCAAGACGCUAUAAAGAAUGCCAAAUCAAAUAAUGAGUCGUCAUUUUAUGCUAUCAAACUAGCCCGACAUCUUUUCAAAAUACAGAAAAAUCUUCCAAAAUCAAGAAAGGUACUUUUGGAAGCAAUGGAAAAAGAUAAGGAGAACACAAAGUUAUACCUCAACUUACUUGAAAUGGAAUACAGUUGUGACCUCAAGCAAAAUGAAGAAAAUAUCCUCAAUUGCUUUGACAAAGCCAUACAUGGUUCAUUGCCUAUUAAAAUGAGAAUUACAUUUUCUCAAAGAAAAGUGGAAUUCCUUGAAGAUUUUGGUUCAGAUGUUAAUAAGCUUCUAAAUGCAUAUGAUGAACAUCAAACACUUCUAAAAGAACAGGAUUCUUUAAAAAGGAAAGCUGAAAAUGGCUCAGAAGAACCAGAAGAAAAGAAAGCACACACAGAAGAUAUGUCAUCAGCACAGAUCAUUGAUGGGGAUUUACAGGCAAAUCAAGCUGCAUAUAAUUACAGUGCCUGGUAUCAGUACAAUUAUCAGAAUCCUUGGAAUUACGGACAGUAUUAUCCUCCACCUCCAACCUGAUGGAAAAAUAUAAAUUUCAGAUGGCUUAUAUGAGAUAUGUGGAAUUAUUUUUUUUGAAGGAUGUAAACAUAGCAUAAGCUUGUAUUUGAUAAUUUGUCUUCCCAGUUUCUGUAUAACAUUUGUUUAGUUAAUAGCGGGAAAUGUCAAUUAAUAGUGUACCAUAGAAACUUUCCUACCAUUUUUAAAAUUUACUUUUUAUUGGAGAACUAUUUUUUUUAUUUUUAUUUUAUCUUAUUUUUUUGCAUUAAAUGAUCUAGAAUUCUUUUGCAGCUCAUGCAGGAGAUUUGUAGCCUUAACUGUUGGGGAAAAACUGACUAUAAAUCAUGUCAGUUAAAAAAGAUUUGGGGAAAAAAAAAAUAAGGGCUGGUUAUUGAGAAUUUUGCCUCCUAUAAUAUAAAAAAAUACUUAAAAAAUUGACUUUAACCUCAAACCCUAAGGCUGUCUAUGUUUCAGUUAUACUGGGGAAUUUGGCUCUUAACUCCAGCAUAGAUGAACCGGAGCUCUGCCUUUGAAUAGACUAUAGUGAGAAAGUGUAAAGUCAGCAUCCCCUUAAGAAAUGAAAUAUCACAAUAUGUUUUAGGAGAGUUUGUAUCUAGAAUAUUCAUGUAAAACUUAUGAGCAAGCUUUCAUUUUGAUCAAACUUACCAUUUUUGUAAUAAAAAUGAAGACUCAUACAGCAAUUGUUUAUGAAUUCAUUUGGGGGAGGAACACAAAAUAGAAACAUUGUCUUAGAGUCAGCUUUAAAUUUAUUAUCUUCCAACUAGAAUGUUUUAGUUGCUUUGGUUUUUGUCAAGUUCUGUGCCUUUUAACAUUGACCAUGAAGUAUUAUUUAUUAAAUGUCCGUGGACAGAGCCAGCCACCUUAAUGAGCAGUUCAACUCUUUGGAUAAAGUCACUAGUUCUUAUGUAACAAUAAUAACACAGAACACAGAAUAAAUCAGUCAAGACAAUCCAUGACAUUUUUAUUGAGCCUAUUGAGGUAAAAGGAAAAGCAGCUCUCCUGAAUACUUUACAUAGCUGUAGGAAAAUAUCUGAGACUUAAAGGGAGUUACAGGGGAUUACACUUCUCAAAAGCUGAGAGGAAGUAAACAAGCUUUCACUCUUUAAGCUUCCAGUUGACUCUUCCCUUACAACAGUAACAAGCUCUAAUUAGGUUUUUAUGUUUGCUGAUGUACUGAUCUGAAGUACUGGUUUCAGUCGAUAUCUACUAAUUCCACUUCAAAAAUGAGCUUUGUGUUUGGUGGAAUUCUAUGGGAAAUUGUCAAGGAAAAUUUGAAAAGUGCCUCUCCCCCAACCACUAAACCGUAGCACAAUAUUAGAGUUGUGAAAUCAGAUUAUGUGUGUGGUGGAGACAAAAUUAAAAGUAAGCCAGAGAUUGUACCAGUAAAUUUAAGAGGACAGGUUUGUAUUUCACUCAGGCUAGCUUGAGUUUCUUAAAAGUAUACUUGAUGAUCAAUACCUCACUAAUGCUACCAAAUUAGCCAGUAUCUUAUGAAGGUUGCACUGUAUUCAUGUAUGUCAGUAGAAUAUGUGAUCUACUGUGAAUUAAAAGACAAGUUUAGGUGUGCUAUGGGUGCACAGCUUUAAAUCCCAGCACUCAGAAGGCAGUGGCAGAUGAUCUCUGAAUCUGAGGACAGCCUUGUCUGCACAAACUAAACAAAAAAGUGAGAAGGCUUUCUUCUUGAAACAUUUGAAGACUACACAGAGGACUCCCAGCCUCAAGCCUCACUCCUUAUCAUCUACAAAUUACAGUAUCAAAAUCUGGCCAACAAGAAUGAAAUCAACAAAAAUGACCUUCCCACUCUAUUAGAUCAAUUUAGUCUAAAUGGUCUAGAAUUAUUGCCUUUCUGCUUUUUGUAAGUGUUGACAAACUGGGCCCUAUCAUAGAAAUGCUGUUAUCAUUAAUAAAUGCUUACUAACAUUA